AACGAACAUCCCAAAUUGACCCGGUCCAUCUUCAAUCCUCUCGUCGACAACCGCACGACACGACAAUACCGCCCACCAUGUCUUCCAAGGUCAAGGCUGGUCAGCUCUGGGGAAAGAACAAGGAUGAUCUCACCAAGCAGCUGGAGGAGCUGAAGCAGGAGCUCAGCCAGCUCCGCGUCCAGAAGAUCACUGGCGGUGCCUCGUCGAAGACCCAGAGAAUCCACGACGUCCGCAAGUCGAUUGCUCGUGUCCACACCAUCAUCAACGCCAACCAGCGCGCUCAGCUCCGCUUGUUCUACAAGAACAAGAAGUACCUCCCUCUCGACCUCCGCCCCAAGCUUACCCGUGCUCUCCGUCGCCGCCUUACCAAGCACGAGGCCUCCCUCAAGACCGAGAGACAGAAGAAGCGCGAGAUCCACUUCCCCCAGCGCAAGUACGCUGUUAAGGCUUAAAUGAAGUCGGGUCGUGUCUGGAUUUAGAUGGAGUUCCGGGAACGUCGUUAUAAAGAUGACGGGUUGGACCACCUUGUGUGGGUCGGUUGCACCAAAAACGUCUUUUAAAAGAAAUUGAUUAUGUAUCUUAGAAAAAAGAUGCAAGUCGAUAUUAAAUGAAGGCUUUACUUGACAUGACAAUGAUAAUGCACGACUUGCGACCGUGAUGUGACGAGUUCCUUAAGAAUCCGACAAUCCAAUUCCUUAGGGGCGAUGGCUCGAGAAGGGGUCUUUCCUGGUCGAUACUCGUUUCCAUGCAGUACCAUUUAUGCUCAAUAGGAAUUAUAUGGUGGUGUUGCGAGGAGCAAAUCCAGUCAGGAAUGAUUUUGGUCCGGGAGUCUGCGCUAUCAUCGUAUUCAUACACAACCACGUAGUCCUCCGAUCUCUAUUAAACUGGUCCUUAUAACCCCAAGGCGGCACUGUUAAUCGAGAUAUUACACAUCAUAUUUCAAAGAUUUUUACAAUAAUCUCUAGCCUACUAAACUAGAACAACCGAGCACCACGGAUGAUUUGUCUAGCGGUGGAGGUCCGACUCCAAAGUCCAUCCUCCUCCACAAAUACAAUACCGUACAUAGCCCAACUUGUACAUCAUGCGUGACGACAACUGUGGGCGUGGCGGGUACGCACCGCACAUAAUCUCGCAACAACGGACGCAUCGUCUGCGCACCUGGCUGGGACUGUGCUUUCCGC